AUGGAUGAUGCUUAUUCUCAUUAAGCUUCAACUCCCACGGAUCGAGAUCGCAAAUCCAACCUGGAAACCAUGAGGAAUGAGAACAUGAACUUUGUUGAUCCCUAGCUCAAACGACGUGAUAGUGGAGUACUACAAAAAUCAGUACCUAAUUUUAUUAUGGCUAAAGAUAAGCGAGUGGAUUGGAUCGUUACUUUCUGGAAAUCGAAUCAUGGUUGGAUGAGGAUAAGACUCUCCACACCAACACCCCCUUGGUUCUGGAGGCAGAUGAUGGCAUCGGCAAGAAAACGCUUUUAGUCAAAUGGAUGGAGUAUCAUGCCAGGAAUAAAAAAGGAGUAAGACUAUGGUGAAUAAUAGCGAUAUCCCGAUUUCAUCAUUCCCCACUUUGCCACCUAAUCAGGCAAAAAUAGCAAUUAUUAUUAUGCCAUCUAUAGAAUCCUCAUUAAAUUGAGAGAAGCCCUCAACAUCAAACAGAAGGUAGAAUUGCUAGAGGAGAAACUCAGAAGAUUUUUCCAAUAUUGGCUAGAAAUUUGCAGCAGAUAAUUGGACUAACAAAUUAUCAAUGGAGCCCCAAUCAUUUAUGAUAAAGUCAUCCUAGUGUUUGAAGGCAUCGACAAUUUCAGAGAGCUACUUGACAUGCAUCGAGAAGCCAAUGUCAAUUUUUGGUUGCCCAAAUACUUCCCCACCAAUAUAAAAGUCAUUGUAACUGCUGAGAGGUAAUCAGCCUCGAUGAAAUUGUUGAAGCCUGAUUGUCAAGUAAUACCCAUUGUGUCUGACAAAACAGUCAUGAAAUAGACAGUCAAUCACCAUUUGGGGAAACAUCUACUUAUUUAAAAUCCUUAAAAUCUUUUGGACAUAUUCAUUCAACUAAGUUAUAAAGUGAGAAAUCAGCCAGUUUUUGUCAGAGCCUACUUUUCAGUCUUCAUUCCAUAUCCCUCAGAAGGAGUUGUGGAAGAAAACGAAAUUGAUUAAAGAAUUGUUGAACAAAUACUGUAACCGCUCACUUUGAAUCACUUCAAAUCUAUGAAAAUAGUGGAGGAUCUAUUCGCAUUCCAAUUGGAUUACUUUUCGAAGGUUAAUAUCAUGGAAAUUGCUAAAUUUAGAAGAGUUCUAUUAGUCUUAUCUCUAACUCAAAAAGGAUUGACAUACCCAGAAAUUGAGAGUGUUUGUAACAUCACUAUCAAAGAAUGGAAAUUGUUUCUAGUUUUCUUCAAAGUGUACAUCAUGAAACACAAAGAUUUAUGGAUUAUUCACAAUGAAAUCUUUAAAAAAGUAGUCAUCAAUACAUACUAUGUUGACAUCAAGGAAGUCUUAGAAUUGCAUGACAAUAUCGCCACAACUAUUGACAAGAUUACUCCCAAUUCCAUCAGAAAAUUGGAAGAAUAAACUUUCCAAUUAUUUAGUGCCAAGAAUUACUUCUCUUUAAAAGAAGUCAUAAGCAUUAUUGAGAACUUUUUGCUUCUUUUUAAUCCUUCAAACAAAUAUGAUCUGUGUCGAUAUUGGUAAUCCCUUGAGGAGAAUGGAUUCGAUCCUGUAUUAGAAUACAAUAAAGCAGUUGAAGGCUUCUAAAUUCAUUAUCAUCCAUCAUCAGAAGAUAUGUUCAGGAUCAUUAUUUAGAUUUCACGGUUUCUCAAAGAAUUUGGGGAUUUUGAAACUAGAAACACUCCAGGUUUUAGACAUCCCCCAAUCAUUGGAGUAUUGAGUGAUUUAUACGAUAUUGGAUUAUUGUAAGAAAUACUCAAGUUGGAUCUUUAUUACGACAAAGCACCUGAAUUGAAGGAGUUUGAUCCAGCCAAACAUUUAAAGCGUGUUGCUAAACCGAAAACAGCUCCUGUGCUUUCCAACAUGGAAUCACUCAAUGUGGAAAUACAAUAGAAUAGAUAAUUGAUCAGAACACAUUAUCUCUCUUUGCUAUCUAAACCUAUCGAGUAAACAGAAAAUGAGGAAGACCAGCCUUAGAGUUUGGAUGAAUUGGCUGAGGAAAUUAAUAACAGACUAAGAAAGGUCAUUUAAUAAAAGGAAGAGAAUCUUUCCCAAGAUGUAAUGUAAACAGGUGAACGAGAAUCUACCGAUUACUAUUAUAAGAGAUGGAUUUGGAUACAAUUCCCAUGGGCUUGCACUAGUAUCGACAAGAACUGUGACUACUCUACGGUUAUCAAAUAGUGUUUCUCAUCUGCAACAGAUUACAUGAGUGUUGAGGAUGAGAAUGCAUUCACAGAGUCAGCACUUAAAAUAGCACUUGAAGCCAAAAGAAAACGAAAGGAGAUGUACGAACAAAAGUAGGAACAAGAAACUCGUUUACAACUUAUCCCCUAGGUUCCCGUGCUAUAGUAGAAGGGAUAGGAAGAGGUCUUGAAAAAGCAAAAGAGAGAAUAAAUAGAAUUUAGUACAAUUUCAAGUUCAAGAUACAAUAGAUCCUCUGCUGUUACCUUGCCUCCAGUAUCUAAUAGGAGUGCUGUCAUAACGUAGGAGGAUGUACCCAAUGACAAUCACAGGAACAAUUAGAUGUUCAUCACUUCGGAUUUCACAGAUUCAAAUUAUCUUAAUGAGGAAUCAAAAACAAUUAAGUUAAAUUAAUCUUCACGUGCACUCAAUGUGAUGAAAUAAAAAAGUAAAAUGAGGUAGUUUUCUUCCAAUUCAUUAUCUCAUGAGGUCUACAAAAUUACUGAAAUAUUUCCCAUUGUGAAGGGGAAUAUCCAAUAGCAUUCAACAGCUCAAUUAAAUUUGCUUCAGAAUCAGGCUAAGAUCAUGAGAUAAAAAUUGAAUUAAAUCAUCUAUGACAACUUAUAGUUGGCUCAAACCUAUAAGAUGUUAAAGAUCAUGGAUUUCAAUAAGGGAUAUUUAAAAAAAGAACUUAAUAAUUUAGAAGGUUUGAAAUAAUAACAACAAGGUCUUAAAUUAUAAUUAGAACAAGCAGAAAAGCAAUUGAAGAAAUCUUGUAAGACUAAAAUAAGAAUUAAGAAGAUACUGAAGGUUUGUAGGGACAAUAAGCAACAAAAUGAAGAAUAUAUUAGACAUCUAAAUUAUUUAACACGCAACUUUGCUAAAUUGAUUAAAUUUGAAGAGUUAGAAAUUAAAAAGAGCCAAGAAAAUAUCCAAUAGGCUAAAAGACAAUUUGAUGAAUUUUUAAGGGUUUAUCGAUAGAAGAGAGAACAUUAAUCAACACUCUUGCUACAAAUAAGAAAUAGUUUAUAUGAAAAACAGCAUCUAGAUAAAAUAUUUUAAGUGAGUGAUUUGGAGAUUACUCAAAAGGCUAAUGCUUCUAUUGAAAAAUUGAAGAAACGAUUAAACAAAAAGGAUGACGAUACGAAAAACAAGAAAAACAAAGAAGCUUAGGAAAAGGAAGAAAAAUUACAAAAAGAAAAGCUUAUAAAUUUAGAGCAGUUGUAUUAAAAGAUUAAAGGAGUGUUUGACAUCAAAAACAGUGAUUAUAAUCUGAAAAAGGAGUUUAUAGAUUUUAUGGCAUAGAAGGAGAGGAAAAGUGAAUACGAAAUUCAAUUAUCUACAAGUAGAUAAUAAUUAAGUGAAGUUUUGGAAAUAAAUAGAAAAUUGAAUGAAUAGGCUAAGACAUAUUAGAGUGCCUAUAUAUCUCUUAAUGUGAAUUAAAAGGAAACAAAACCAGAAGAUUAAACUGAAGAAAAAAAAUAAGUUACCAAUAUUUAGUUGCAAGAGUUGUAACUUAAAAAACUUAUGGUUUUGGAAGCUCGAUUGUAAAGUUCAUUAGAUUUAAUUGCAAAGAAGUGCGGAGUGUAGGAGCAGGAUGUAUAUUACAUUGAUUUUAUUCAUAGAUUUCUACGAUGUUUGGGAUGA